AUGUCUGACGAAACUGCAGCGAAGAAACGCAAAGUGUCCGAGGAGCAGGACGACACAAAGGUUCAAUUGGCACCCGUUGCAAACCUCCUCAUCAAACGCCUGUCGCCAAAAGCAAAACUACCAACACGUGGAUCCGCGCUCGCUGCGGGCUACGAUCUGUACAGUGCAGAGAGAAAAGUCAUCCCGGCGCGUGGCAAAGCCCUCAUCGACACGCAAAUAUCCAUAGCGGUACCUGCUGGGACUUACGGGCGUGUGGCUCCCCGCAGUGGCCUAGCGUCCAAAUUCAUGAUAGAUACAGGAGCCGGUGUCAUCGACGCUGACUAUCGCGGCGUGGUUUAUGUCCUUCUCUUCAAUCUGUCGGACCAGGACUUCCAAGUCGAGGAAGGGGAUCGGGUAGCCCAGCUUAUCCUAGAGAGAGUUGUAACACCGGACGUACUGGAGGUCCAGGAUCUCGACGAGACAUUGCGUGGUGCCGGGGGUUUUGGCUCAACUGGAGGCCACAAUGCACUCUGA